AUGGGUCAACAAAUUGUUAAGAGAGAAUCCUUGAAAGAGCCAGGAAAACGUAGUAGAUUGUGGGAAGAAGCAGAUAUUCACCAUGUCCUAAAAAGAAACACAGGAUCUAAACGAGUUGAAGGCAUAAUGGUUAAAACGGAUCUGAAUUUGAUUGUAAGUGCUAAAGUUUUUUCGAAGAUGAUCAAUCUAAGACUACUUGAACUUCACAAUGUGCAGCUUCUGGAAGACCUUGAAUACCUUUCUAAUGAGUUACGGUUGCUCGAAUGGCAUGGGUAUUCUUUAAAGUCCUUGCCAUCAAGUUUCGAACCAGAUAAAAUUGUCAAACUUAAUUUGCAUUGUAGCAGCAUCGAACAACCAUGGAAGGGAAUAGUCAAGCCGUUGAACACAUUGGUAUCAAUUAGUCUGAAAGAUUGUCAAAACCCUGAAAAAAUUCCAGAUCUCACAUGGGCUCCAAAUCUUGAGAAGUUGAUUCUUUCUAGAUGUCCAAGAUUGCGUGAGAUACAAUCACCUUUUCUUGUUCACAAGAAACUUAUUUAUUUGGAUGUGUUUGAUUGCUCUAGUCUAACAACACUUCCAAGCAAGAUCCAUAUGGAAGCUCUUGAAGAAUUUGUGAUUAGUUCUUGUCCAAAACUGAAGAAGUUUCCAGAGAUUAUGAGAACUGUAGGGCGUAUGAGUCUUGUGAGUCUCCCAAGUUCAAUAUAUGGUUUGACAUCUCUUAGAACUCUUGAUCUUUCUUGUUGCUCUAACCUUUCAACUUUCCCGAGUUCUACAAACAGUUUCAAAUCUCUUGAAACUUUGAAUUUCUCUGGUUGCUCUAGUCUUGAGAGUCUUCCAAGUUCUAUAAAACAUUUGAGAUCUCUUAAAACUGUCAAUCUCUCUGGUUGCUCCAAACUUGCAAGUCUUCCAAGUAUUAUCAAACAUUUGAGAUCUCUUAAAACCAUCAAUCUCUCUGGUUGCUUUCCAAGUAUUAUCAAUUGCUUGAAAUCUCUUCGAACUUUGAAUCUCAAUGGUUGCUCCAAACUAGCCCGUCUUCCAUGUACCAUAAAUGGUUUGAGAUCUCUUCAAGCUCUAAAUCUGUCUGGUUGUUGUAGUCUAAUCAAUCUUCCGAGAUCUUUAAAUGGUUUGAGAUCUCUCCAAACUCUUGGUCUCUCUGGUUGCAUUAGUCUUAUUAGUCUUUCGAGAUCUAUAAAUUGUUUGAAAUCUCUUCACACUUUCAACCUCUCUAGCUGCUUCAGACUUGAAAAUGUACCAGAGACUUUGGAGGAACUUGAAAGUUUGAAGGAUAUUAAUCUAAAUGGAAGUGCUAUAACGCAAACAGUGUCGUCCAUAUUUCUUUUGAGGAAUGUUAUAGAAUUGAAUUUUGAAGGAUGCAAAGGGCCACCAAGAAGUUCAGACUUGAAGACUUUGAUAUUGCCUUCUCUAUCAAAUUCGUGUUCUCUAAAAAUAUUGGAUCUCAGUGACUGUAAUCUAGGGAAAGGAGUAAUCCCCAGUGAUGUUUUUGCAAGCUUAUAUUCAUUAGAACGCAUAAAUUUAAGCUCAAAUAAUUUUAUUUCAUUACCUGCAAGCAUCAGUCAUCUUCCAAAGCUUCAAUAUCUUUACUUAGACGAUUGUAAGUGGCUCGAGUCGUUGCCACAACUUCGAUCCAAUAUCCUUUUUCGUUACAAAGAAACAGUAAAAAACUUCUGUAUUUCUUGUGUAAACUGCUUCAAAUUGCUCAACAACAAAAGCUUGACCUUAUUGAUGGCGAAAGAUUUCCUCAAGGUACGGUGUUUGCAAAAUCCAAGUGUUAAAUUGUGGAUGGUUGUUCCUGGAAGUGCAAUUCCAUUGUGGUUAAAGCAUCAGAGUGAGGGUUCUUCAAUAAGAAUAGAAAGGCCUCCAACUUUUUAUAAUAAGAAGUUGAUGGCAUUUUUUGUGUGCUUUGUUUUUGCCAUUAGCAGCCAUCUGCCUGUCCCCAACAAUAUUCCAGAUUUAUUGUCUUUGCAAUGCUGUAUGCAAAUUGAUGUAAGAAAUACUAUUCUUUUCCCUUUCAGUUAUUGCUAUGACGAAUUAAUCUAUGCCAUUUCAGAGCAUGUUUGGUUAUUCUAUUGGCCUUGCGAGUGGGAGUUCAAGUUUAAUCACAUUGAGUUUUUAUUUAAAGAGUGUCAUGGAUUGGAGGUGAAGAGGAGUGGAGCGCAUCCAAUAUAUGAGCAAGAGCUGAAAGAGUUCAAUCCAACUAUGCAUGUUGUAACAGCUAAGAGAAGCCUUGCUACCAAUGAUGACGAGGAACCACUACAUGAAAGAAGUAAGAAAUUCAAGUUCUUUUGA